UUCAAAUCAAUGGCAAAAAUCACCAUGGAUUAAACGCAGCCAUGGAUUAGAGUGAAUUAUUGUCGCACCAUUUUAGACAUCUGUCUGCGGGCAAGAUAAUGAGGUAUUUAGCAGGAGAUCAAGGCUAAAAUUAGGCCCGGUCCGUGAGGUUUAAACGCCACCAAGACUUUCAGCAUUUGGUGCUGUUGUUGUUUUUGUUGUUGUUGCGUCUGCGGCAGUUUACAGUCGAAGCUUAGACCCCGUUCAGUUAGCACAAUGUCAGGAAAAUGAAAAGCCACUGGUGACGACUAACUGGAUUAAGCAAGUUUGAAUGAGGAGGUGCCCGGAGUGUAACCAACGGUGAUGUGAGAGGGAUUUCCCUUUGUCGGCUCUGCCUGUGCUUUCCUUGCCUUCCGGCUAAUCCUCAGCUAUUCUCACCGACGACCUUGGGCUCAAUGCUAAUCUGACCGGAGAGAGAGAGAGAGAGAGAUAGAGAGAGAGAAAGAAAGCCUACGAGUCUUUAAGCCUUCAGAGCCCGGGUUAUGGGGAGUUUGGAUGAAGAACAUGGUCCGUCAGAUGUUUGCAGUUGUUCAGGUAUGAAGGGCCUCGUGAGCAGCAGUCAUGCUAUGUGAGGACUCAUCUGCCGGUCUGGAUUCGGUGGUUCUGGUGAAACCAGAUGCUGAGGCCUCCACGGAUCCUGCACCGGAGGUCGUUCGGAGCAGCACUUACGUUUCCUCUGUACUCGGCGGCAUCAGUUUAAACGCAGAGGAGCCGUUCUGUCGUAUCUGUCAUGAAGGCAGCGGCGCGGGUGAUCUGUUAUCUCCCUGCGAGUGUGCUGGCUCUCUGGCGAUGGUGCACCGUGUUUGUCUGGAGCGCUGGCUCACGGCCUCCGGCACCAGCCACUGCGAGCUCUGCCACUUUGAGUUUGCUCUGGAGAGACUUCCCAAACCACUCAGCGAGUGGUUCACCGCACCUUCCAUGCAGCAGCAGAGACGGACGCUGUGCGGGGACGCCAUCUGCUUCCUCUUCAUCACACCCUUAGCGAGUCUGUCGGGCUGGCUGUGUGUGCAGGGAGCCAUGGAUCUGUACUACAGCAACAGCAUGGAGGCCGUGGGACUCAUCGUUCUCACACUCACGCUCUUCACUAUUUACCUCUUCUGGACUGUUGUAUCUCUACGUUACCACGUUCAUCUCUUCCGGACGUGGAAUGAGACGAAUCCCAGCGUCCGGCUACAGGUUCCCCGUCCUGUGAAGACACAUCAGAGACCAAAACAUCUAAUGAUGCAUUUCUUGUGCAAAUACAAGAGUAAGGAGACCAUGGUGUAGUGCCUGGAACAUCACCAGGAAGAAAACAGUUGUUUCAGACAAACUCUGACUUCACGACGUCCUCAUUUUGAGUGAAGCUCUGAUUUCGACCUGGAAGGACGUUCUGAUAGGGGACAUACAUGCUGAUCUGAAUCGAUGUCGUAAUUUGGAUUGAAACCCCAAUUUUGAGAGGUUUUGAGCGACACUCUGAUUUGGAGCGGAGGGCUUCAUCUGAAUUUCUGUCAUGAAUAACGGAAAACUAAAAGAAGAAACUUCUUGGAAAAGCGCGUCAAACCACAAGAAUACGACGCGUCUUCUUAAAUAAACUGGAGAAUAAUGUUUUUGAUAUGACGAUGACUGAAAUAUUUAUUCCAUGCAGGUUUUACCUUAAAAGACUAGCUUCGUCCUUAUUCAGCUGAUUAUAUAUAUCUAGAAGAACAGUGGCUAGGUGAGACAAUCAUACAGAUGGCUGAUCAUUUCAUUACUGCUUGCUUCAACAUGGAAAAAAAUUCAACACGAACAUUUAAUCAUUUGAUGCUGUAGCUGAACUGAAAAGCCUAAAAUGAAUCCACCACGUGAAAAUAUAAACUACCAUUUUUGUAAAGAAAUAAAUACUUUUAUUCAGCAAGAAUGCAUAAAAAUAUGAAAAAUCACAGUAAAGGCAAUUUAUUUCUAUUUAUCAAAAAAGUAUUUAUUUUAUCACGGUUUACACAGAUAGUAUAUGAUGCAGCACAAAUGUUUCCAACAUUGAUAAUAAUAAUAAAUGUUUCUUGAGCAGCAGCAUAUUAGAAUGAUUUCUGAAGGAUCAUGUGACGCUGAAGACUGGAGUAAUGAUGCUGAAAAUAGUUUUAAUUACAGGAAUAAAUUACAUUUUGAUAUGCAUAGAGUCUUUUUUCAUAUCCCAAUUUUUUUCAAUGAUUUAAAGUUAAAAAACAACAAAUUCAUGCAAAUUUGCCACCAGUCUGCAGUUCUCACUGUAAAAAUAUUAAAUAUAUUAAAUGUUUUUACACUACUUUAACUCAUCAAAAUAAGCUUCACUUUAAUAAUAAGUCACUUUUUUAGUUGUAUAAAAUUCUGUUUGAUUUUUAAAGUCAGUUUAAUGUAUUAUAAGUUCGAAUGAAUCAUGCACCAAGUUGAUUAUGCUAAAGAAAUUUCAGUUUUUACGUUUUUAAGCGGCCUAGUUGCGAUUUGAUUCCUAUUGGGAA